AUGUCUGGGGGCCUGCAGUACCGCAAGUCGGCGUCGUUUGGCGGCGCCAGGGCCAAGGCUGCCGUUGACUGGGAGGCGUUUGAUGAGGCGCUGGCCCGGGUGGACCCCUGCUUCUCCGACCCUCGCUUCGACUCGCUCAAGCAUGUGCUGACGGUGCUGAGCAGCAACAAUGCGGAGCAGGAGGUGGAGGAGCUGCGGGAGCAGCGUGCGGCCAUCGAGGAGCUGGUGGAUGCUGUGGUGGAGGGCUACCACGCCGGCUUCAACAAAUCCAUCCACAACUACUCCCAGAUACUGCGCCUCUUCACAGAGUCCAAGAUGCAGCUGGACUCGCUGCGUCGGUCUCUGGAGUCUGCCCGGCGGCGGCUGGGGGCGCAGUCCCGCCACAUGGUGGCGCAGUACCAGCGGGACCUCAUGCUGACAGACACGCUGCGCCUGCUGGACGACAUACAGGGGUGCCUGGAUGUGCCCGCCAGGGUGGCGCGCCUGGAGGAGAGCAAGGAGUGGCCCAUGGCUGUGUCGCUGCUGCUGGAUGGCUGCAACAAGCUCGCCCGCCAGGAGUUGCAGGCUGUGGGGGCGCUGGGGGAGGUGGGCGAGGAGAUGGGGCGGCGGCGCACCGCCCUGCAGGCCAGCCUGGUGGCUGAGCUGGAGGGCAGGGCGUACCGCCUGGAUGGGGUGGGACAGGGGCCAGGGCCCGGCCCCCGCGGCGGCGCAGACGGCGGCAGCCUGCUGGCGGCGGGCGGCGGGGAGGUGGGCGGCGGCGGGGUGCCGCGCCUGGCGCUGCCGCCCUUCCACCGGCACGGCAGCAGCCAGGAGGGCGAGUUUGCCAGCGCUGCGGGCAACCUGAGCGCGCGGGGGCUGCCUCCACGCCCGCCAGGCGGCGGGCCGCUGGGCAGGGCGCCCAGCUGGGGGCGGGACGGCGGGGCCGCAGCCUCCGCCUCGGCGGCGGCCGCGGGCGACCAGCUGGCCAGUGUGGCCAGCCUGCCGCGGCGGGCCACGCACCGGCGGGCGCAGACGCUGGGAGGCCUCAUGCCUGCGGCCUCGGGGCUGACCGCUGUGGAUGGGCACCUGGUGGAGACGGAGCUGCCGCUGUCGGCGCUGGUGGACUGCGUGGCUCAGCUGGGCGGCCUGCAUGACGCGCAGCAGGCGGUGCGGCGCCACAUGCCGCGCCAGCUGCGCGCCGUUAUCGCCCGCGCCCUCGACUCCUUCCCGCCCUCCCACCGCCUGCCCCCGGAUGAGCAUGCGCGGCAGCAGCGGCGGCAGCAGCAGCAGGAGGCGCAGGGCGGCGGCGGCGGCGGCGACGACAUCUCUGUGCCGCCGGCGGUGGCGGCGGUGGCGGCGGCCCUGUUGGAGCACGUGCUCGCCUGCUGCAUGCAGGUCUUCCAGCAAGUGACCCGGCUGCUGCAGAUGCUGUCUGUGGCACGUGUGCCCAAGGCCUCCUCGGGCCUGGAGCUCCUGCUGCGCCAGCACCACCAGCGCCAGCUGCAGCAGGCCGCGGCGGCCCAGCCGCCUGGCGCCGACCCGGUGGCAGCGGCGGCGGCGGCGGCGCCCGCGGGCCCCCCGGGAGCGGAGGCCGCCCAAGCCGAGGUGGCGGCGGCCUGGGAGUGCAUGCAGGUGGAGUGCCAGCGGCUGCUGGCGUGCCUGCUGGACGCGCCGGCGCCGACGCAGCAGGCGCAGCGCGGCGACGAGGCGGCGGGCGAUGUGCCGCUGGCGGGCUGGCUGGCGUCUGUGGGGAGCGAGCUGGAGGCGGCCUCGCCUGCAGCCUCUGCCACAGAGGCAGGCACCCUGUCCUUUUCUCUGGAACACGAAGUGGGGGGGCUGCUGGCGCGCUCGCCAGAUGCGGCGGGCGGCGGCGGCGGCGACGGCGGCGGGGCUGGCGGCGGCGGCGAUGGCGGGGACCUGCGGGACCGCAUCCGCGCCAUCCUGGGGGGCCACCCGGGCGGUCCCGCCCUGGUUGCCAGCCUGUACCGUCCUGUACUGGCAUUCGCCGAGGCAGCAGAGCGCCACGUCAGCGGCCUGGCGGGCGCCGGCGCCGAGCCGGGCGGACGCAUGGCGGCGCUGCUCAGCAUGCCGUGGCGCGGCGGCGCUGAGGUGGCGCCCGCGGAGCGCUGCCUGCUCAGAAGCUACACAGAGAGCUUCCUGCGCAUGGAGUUCCUGCCUGCAGUUUACGUCAGCGCCAGGGCGCGGUGCACCUCUGCGCUGGAGGACGGCGACGCGUUCAAGCCGCGCAGCCGCCUGCGCGCGCCGUACCAGGCUGGGGCGGGCGGCGAGGGGCGGCCCGUGCUGCCUGCCGCGCUGGCCGCCGAGCGCAUGGUGGAGGAGCUGCUGGGGUGGGCGGCGCAGGUGCCACCCUUUGCCACACAUCUCACGGGCGUGGUGGAGAAUGUGCUGGGGCGGGUGGUGGACGCGUGUGAGGCGCACAUGACGGCGCUGCUGGGCGGCAGCGCCGCGGGGCGGCUGGCCGAGAGCCUGCCGGUGGUGCAGCUGAUGGCAAAGGAGCCGGCGGCGGCGCUGCUGGGCUCGCCGGUGGCUUUCUUCGUGGGCAGGAACACGGAGGCCAUGGAGGCCUUUGUGUCCUCGGUCAUCGCGGCCGGCUUUGGCGCGAACGACGAGGGCGUGGAGUGCGACAUACUGCGGCGCCUGCUGGGGGAGCGGCCCGUGGCGGCAGGCGCGCUGCUGUCGGGCGGCGGCGACGUGGCGCGCCUCGCCAGCCUGGCGGCGCUCAGCGACAGCCUGGACUAUGUGGCCGAGGUGAUCCUCCGCUGCACCGCCCCGGGUGGCAGCGGCGGCGGCAGAGCGGACGGCGGCAUGGCGGGACCCAGCCUGCUGGCCACGCGGCACAUCGACCGGCUCAGCACCGAAGGCAGCAGCACCGGCGGCGGCAGCGGGGCGGCCACCCCGCUGGCGGGCGAGCCGUCGGCGGCGCAGGCGGGAGGUGGCGGCGGUCCCGCCGCCUCGGGGCCCAGCUGGCAGCAGCAGCUGCUGGGCGGCCGAUUCAAGACGUGGCGCAAGGCGGGGGGCGGCGAGGCGGGGGCUCUGACCGAGGGCCUCAGCCACCUGUGCGACCGCUACCGGGCGCUGGCGGGGCAGUGCGUGCGCGCGCUGCGCCUCGACCUGCUGCUGCUGGUGCUGCACCACCUGCAGCAGCUGCCCAGGUCGUCGUAUGUGUGCCGGGCGGAGGAGGAGGCGCGGGAGGUGGAUGAGUGCGUGGCGGCGCUGGCCAGGCUGGUGGGGCGGCUGGAUGAGGGGCUGGAGCCGUACCUUGCGCCCCACAAGCGCGCCUAUGUGUUUGGCUCUCUGGCCUCCGCCGCCGCCCGCAUGGUGGUCUGGCUGCUGCCCGACAUCCGCGGCCUCAACCACCUGGGGGUGCACCGCAUGUGCCGCAUGCUGGCCAGCCUGCAGCCCGCGCUGUGCGGGGUGGGCGGCGGCGGCGGCGCCGCCGGCCCCGCUGCCACCUUCCGCCCGGACGCCGCCCGCCAGUUCGACCGCGCCAAGCUGUACUACACGCUGCUGACGUACAGCGCGGAGGGGCUGGUGGCCACGGUGGCGGAGCGGCCGCACCGCUUCAGCGCGGCAGAGUACCUGGCGCUGCUGGCGGCUGACGUGGCGGAGCGCCCCGUCACGCCCGACCACCGCGCCGCGCUGCACCGCGUGCUCACCGACGCCGGGCGCCUGGCCAAGCCCACCUCCAAGGCCAACGCCGCGCUGCAGGGCGCCAUCGCCAAGGCGGUGAAGGCCAUCAAGCUUGACCAGUAG